AUGCCAAACCAACUCCGGGACGACUUACAUGCCGUCGAUGUCAAGACUUACCCAUAUAUUUUCGAACAGAACGCCUCGGUCAAGCUCGAGGGCGUCGCAGGCAUCAUUCGGUGCAAUGUCUAUCGCCCUAAAAAUGUUCAGAAAGCACCUGUUAUCAUUACGUACGGUCCUUACGGCAAAGAUACCCCGUACGGCGACUUCCUUGCCCACUCCUUCCAUGACAUCAAUCCGAAGCACAAGACUGUACCAGAGCACUCAGCAUUCGAGACGCCAGACCCUCCGUUCUGGACCUCGCAGGGGUUUGCUGUUGUCCGUGCAGACGAGGUCGGCAUAGGACAGUCACCGGGAAGCAUGAAUACUAUGUCUAAGAGCACUACGGAUGCCUUUGUGCAACUGAUCGAGUGGGCGGCAGAUCAGCCAUGGUCCAAUGGCAAAAUCGGCUUGCUAGGUAUUAGCUAUUUCGCAGGUUCUCAAUGGAGAGUGGCGGCACGACGACCACGAGGCCUUGCGUGUAUCAUCCCGUACGAGGGUAUGGCUGAUUACUAUCGAGAUCGGGUCCGACAUGGGGGGCUUUUGACCGCGUUCUUUCUGAAAUUCUGGCAUGAUCGGCAGUGCAAAUCCAACCAAUACGGUCUGCCAAACAAAUCCAAGAGUCAGAGAGGGCCUGAUACUAUUGAAGGCGACCUUAGCCAGGAGGAGCUGGAUCGAAACCGCCACGAUCAGGAUAUCGAAGCCGCACAGCACUUCUUCCGCGAUGAGGAUUACUAUGCUUCACGUGAAUACAAUCUCUUAGACAUCGAAGUGCCCGUGCUCUCUGUUGGCAACUGGGGUAAUACUGUAGUCCACCUUCGAGGCAAUAUCGAGGGAUAUGCUCAAGCAGGGUCAAAGCUGAAGUUCCUUCGCCUGGGUGUCGGCAGACACGAUCUUCCGUUCUACGCAGAUCAUGAAGUAGAAGUGCAAAAGAGCUUCAUGAGCGCCUUUUUGCUAGGCGACGACUAUGCUGGAUGGACUACCGGCAAACAGCCAAACGUCAGCUACAAGCUGCGCAAGGGUGACGUCAAGUACGACAGUCCCAAAACGUGGGCAAACGAGUCCUAUCAGAGCGCAGAAGCGUCCGAGUGGCCGAUUCCGGGCACCACGUACCAGAAAUUCUACCUUCACCCCGACCUCUCGCUCAGCUCAGAGAAACCUGAUGUUCUUGUACAUGAUCGCCUUUCUUAUCCGACCUUGACUAAACCGGAAGACGAGAAGUACGUUCGGUUCUUCACUGACUCGUUCAACCAGGAAUGCGAAUUCACAGGACACGUUGUGGCGCGCGUGAAUGUCUCGGCUACGUCCACAAUCGGCAGUCCCGUGCCGAAGGACAUUGACAUAUUCCUGACCCUCCGGCACUGGGAUGUUCACGGCAAAGAGAAGCUCUACACUGGAUCCAUUGGUGAUCCAGUACCUGUCACCAAAGGGUGGCAGAGGGUCAGUCUUCGCAAAAUCAACGACAAGCACCCGCUGCACCGUGAUUACCGACCGCACCGUGACUUCUUUUCGACGGAUGUUCAACCGGUUAUUCCCGGAGAAGUGUAUCCGGUUGACGUCGAAGUCAUUGCAACCAAUGUUGUUGUUUCGAAAGGCGAGAAACUGAGCUUUGAGAUCAGCGGCGGUGACACUCAGGGUGUGGGCAUCUUCCACCAUGAUUCGCCUGAAAGGAACGUCGAAAGGUUUGGGAAACUGAACCACAUCCACUUCUCCCCUGAAUAUGUCAACUAUGUGUCGCUGCCACUGAUCCCUAAGUAA